UUGCUCCAUUUCCGGCUAUUCUCCAUGGAGCGGGCAUGAGCGGCUGCAUCCAUUCCAGACCCUUCACACCUGAUCAGGCUACGGACGUGUAGGGAAGAGGGCUGACGAUAGGUCUUUAUUCAUCGGCGACAGAUAGACGGAAAAAACAGGGAAAAGAGGCUGAUCGCCAUGGCCGCGUCUGAAAUUGUAGAAGAGUCUCAGGUGACAGAGCCACUGUUUGAGCAGUACAAAGCAAAUGAGGUCCUCGAGAUCAAGAAGCCUCGUUUGCACAACCUGUUAGAGACACAGCUCAUGUCUAUAGGGGUUUUUCAGACUAUAUGCGGAUUCACGAUUUUUGGACUUGGGAUUUCAAGAGCUGCUACUAUGCCAGAAGUGAAUCUGGAAGUCCUGCUCAGAGUGCCAAUUGUCACCGGGAUUCUGUUUUUCUUUUCUGGAUUAUUGUCUUUCCUGCUGUACAAAUUCCCUGCAUUCCUACUGGUCUCCUAUGUUGUUAAUAUUGGCAGUUUCCUGGUUGCUGGGAUUGGCAUGAUACUGUUGUCCAUUGAUAUUUACUUCAGUUAUUUAAGACAGGGGGUGGUUCCCUGUUGGCCACUGGAAGAUUAUGCAAACAGCACGGCGCUCAUGCCCUUGAUGGAAUGUGAGAGGCUCAUGGACUACAUGCAAGUGAUUGUCCUGGGCAUAACGCUGGUGGUGACGAUCAUCACCGCUGUUCUUCUGUACCUGCUGCACGUGGAGCGCAAUAGGGAGAAAGAGCGCCGUGGAGUGGCUGCAGAGGCCGUCUUCAGGGCCAAUCCCACCGCUCUCUUCUGAUGGAACCUUCACAUUUGCAGUCUUGCAGCCCCUGCCUGCUAAUGCUUUGUGAUUCUCCCCAGCUUGCACAUGCUUUUAAGCCCCAAAUAUUUUGUUACCCUUUGUUUCCGCUGAGAGACGUGCAGCGUAACUCAUUUCCACGCAUGUACAAGUUAUCUUAGGUCGGCGUUUAUGGUUUGACUUCUGAGAUUCAGAUCGAGCUCAAGGUAAUUUUAUUUCGAACAGGUCGGUUCGAUUUAAGAAGUUUGAGUUCUAAUGAGUUCGAGAACUGAGGUACUUACUGUAUUUAAUUUUGCAAAGUUGUAAAUAUGUAUCAUUACAGGGGUUGGACAAUAAAACUGAAUCACUGGCCAAUA